UGCUUUGUCAUCUUACCGCUUUCGAGUGUUGACAGAACUCAAGUGUGUGAAAACCAGCAGGCCGGCAGGAAACGAAGCAAAAUGGAUGGUCCAAACGCUGAUAACACCGAAAAAGAAAAGCAAAAUUGCGGAUGCUUGACCAAAAUAAGUAAUUUUAUCACUGGUUCGUUGGAGAAAGGUUUUUACAGAUUGGGUAAAGCAGUGGGUGGAAGUCCAUGGAUCACGAUCUUAAUUUGCCUGAGUGUCUGUGGUGCAUGUCUCGCUGGGCUUGUCAACUUUACUCAGGAGAGUCGUGGAGAUAAGUUAUGGACUCCUGGAGAUUCCACAGCUCAGAAACACAAGAACUGGGUUGAUGAUAAUUUUCCAUUAGAAAUGCGUGCUUCCGUUGCAUUGCUGGUGACUGAAGAUGUUCUUACACCUUCCACUUUAAAAAAGGCACUUAUGAUUCAUAAUGAGGUCAGGGGCAUGGAUAAUGGCACAGACAAAUCAUGGGAGAAACUUUGCUUCAGAAUUGGCCCUGUGUGUUUAACUAAUGGCUUGUUGGAGCUGUGGUCAUUUGACGAGGCUACCAUUAAUAGUCUUACAAAGGAAGACAUCCUGAACAAGGUCAACCAACCUUCACUCAUAAGUCCUGUUACCAAAAAGAGAUUUGUGUUGUCCCAAUACCUUGGUGGGAUUAAACGGAAUUCAACAGAUCACAUUGUGAAAGCAGAAGCGAUGUCGAUGUCAUACGGAAUAAAAUUCAGUCCUGAACUGAAUAAAAAUACAGGAGCUUUGGAGGAUCCAGUGACAGAGGCAUGGGAAGAGGAAUUCAACAAAUUGAUGGACAACUUAGAGCUGCCAGAAUCUAUAGAACUGUUUUACUUUACCCAGACAGGGUUACAGGAGGAUUCAGGCGGGACUAUAGAAGGUGAUGUUCAACUUCUGUCCAUCGGAUACAUGCUGAUCAUUGCUUAUGUGGCCAUCAUGCUUGGACAAUUCACCCGUCUUCAUAUCAAGGCAUGGCUGGCUUUACUUGGAGUUGUGUGUGUUGGGUUAGCCAUUGGUGUGUCAUUUGGACUGGCCAGUGCAUUUGGAGUUUUCUAUGGACCUGUUCAUUCCACACUGCCUUUCCUCUUACUUGGUAUUGGUGUCGAUGAUAUGUUUGUUAUAGUACAAGCAUGGGACAACCUGCCCCCCGAUGUUCAUAACAACCGUGAUGUCGCAGAACGCAUUGGACUUACUUUAAAACAUGCUGGCUGCUCAAUUACAAUAACAUCCUUGACUGAUUUCUUGGCCUUCAUGAUAGGAGCGAGCACUAUAUUACCAGCUUUGAGGUCAUUUUGUAUAUAUGCUGGAAUAGGUAUCUUGGCAGACUUUGCCCUUCAAGCCACUUUGUUUGCAGCAUUCUUAGCUUUGGAUGCCCGAAGACAAGGUAAAAAACGAGAUGGCUGCUGCUGUUGUAUCAGGCUAGGAGACAAUUACUCAGAGUCAUCGUGCGGCAAGAGGAAUCUCUUGCAGGAGUUCAUAGACAAGUAUGUUGGACGUGUCAUACUGUCCCUUCCAGGAAAGAUUAUCAUUGUUGUCAUCACAGGAAGUUUGUUUGGUGUCAAUCUCUAUGGCACACUAAUGCUGAGGCAGUAUUUCGACCAAGUGUGGUUCUUACCUCCUGAUACUAUGGGCUACAAAUACAGUGUCACAAAUUCUAAGUAUUUCCCCGUGGAUGGGGCUCCAUCAAAUAUCUACACAGCAAAGUUUAACUAUUAUGAAAAUCAAGGCAAACUUCACGGCCUUUAUGCUGUUGCAACCAGUGAUAAUUAUGUGAUCUCGAGCUCAGUGACUAGCUGGUACGAGGAAUACAUUAACUGGGCCCGUAAAGAGAAGCCUGGAGGGUACUUCGACCAGAGCACCACUCCUUGGAAGAUAAAUAGCGAAGCAAACUUUUACUUGUGGCUGAACGAGUUUCUUCAGGGGCCUGGGAUCAGUUAUCGAAAAGAUAUCCGCGUGCAGAAUGGGACGGGAUCUCUGCCAGAAAUCACGGCCACUCGAUUGAGUUUACGACACAAAGAUAUGGACACAACACGGAAAGAGAUAAACGCUAUGGAGGACUUGCGCGAGAAAGUGGAGGAAGUCUUCUCAGACGAGAAUCUUGCCUUUCCUUAUUCAAUAUUUUAUUUGGGAUGGGAAACAAAUAAGGUGAUUUCAGAGGAGCUGUUUCGUAACAUGGCUCUAGCCCUGUUGGCAGUGUUUAUUGUCACACUGAUUGUCCUUGCUAACAUAUGGGCCUGCCUUCUUGUCUUCACUUGCGUUGGCUUUACUUUGGUCAACAUCACAGGCACUAUGCACUUUUGGGGUCUUACAAUUGAUACUGUGACCACCAUUAUCUUGGUCCUGGCAGUUGGGUUGUCUGUGGAUUACGCCUCGCACGUGGCACACACAUUUAUGAUUCUACCUGGAACACGAUACCGUAAGUCAUGGUCGGAGGUAAUCUUGAACCCAGACCUCCCACUUAUCAGUGUCAAUCAGAGUGGGACCUGGUGUUUACUAUUCAGUGGCAAAGUUCUAAUCAACUGUAUUUUUCUUUUGCAGAUUAUCAUUGUUGUCAUCACAGGAAGUUUGUUUGGUGUCAAUCUCUAUGGCACACUAAUGCUGAGGCAGUAUUUCGACCAAGUGUGGUUCUUACCUCCUGAUACUAUGGGCUACAAAUACAGUGUCACAAAUUCUAAGUAUUUCCCCGUGGAUGGGGCUCCAUCAAAUAUCUACACAGCAAAGUUUAACUAUUAUGAAAAUCAAGGCAAACUUCACGGCCUUUAUGCUGUUGCAACCAGUGAUAAUUAUGUGAUCUCGAGCUCAGUGACUAGCUGGUACGAGGAAUACAUUAACUGGGCCCGUAAAGAGAAGCCUGGAGGGUACUUCGACCAGAGCACCACUCCUUGGAAGAUAAAUAGCGAAGCAAACUUUUACUUGUGGCUGAACGAGUUUCUUCAGGGGCCUGGGAUCAGUUAUCGAAAAGAUAUCCGCGUGCAGAAUGGGACGGGAUCUCUGCCAGAAAUCACGGCCACUCGAUUGAGUUUACGACACAAAGAUAUGGACACAACACGGAAAGAGAUAAACGCUAUGGAGGACUUGCGCGAGAAAGUGGAGGAAGUCUUCUCAGACGAGAAUCUUGCCUUUCCUUAUUCAAUAUUUUAUUUGGGAUGGGAAACAAAUAAGGUGAUUUCAGAGGAGCUGUUUCGUAACAUGGCUCUAGCCCUGUUGGCAGUGUUUAUUGUCACACUGAUUGUCCUUGCUAACAUAUGGGCCUGCCUUCUUGUCUUCACUUGCGUUGGCUUUACUUUGGUCAACAUCACAGGCACUAUGCACUUUUGGGGUCUUACAAUUGAUACUGUGACCACCAUUAUCUUGGUCCUGGCAGUUGGGUUGUCUGUGGAUUACGCCUCGCACGUGGCACACACAUUUAUGAUUCUACCUGGAACACGAUACCAACGAGCCCGCGCUACCCUGCGGGAUAUUGGACCAGCGGUUUGGAAUGGAGGUUUCAGUACAUUUUUAGCCGUAAUGCUUUUGGCGUUUUCCAACUCGUACGUUUUCAAGACCUUCUUUAAGGUGUUUUUCUGUGUAGUCUUAUAUGGGCUGUUUCACGGCUUAUGCUACCUUCCCGUGCUGCUUAGCGCGAUUGGGCCGUCACCAUACGAAUCUGCUCUGGCGCAUCCGUCAGCGCCGGACCACAAAGAUGGCCGCCGUUCGCCGGUCCAUCCAGCUGGGUUGCCAGGAGACAAUGCUAGUUAUGAACUGGCUGUGGCUAAUGGUAAGAAGUCACCCGUGAAGAGGGACAGUCAACCAGUAGCGGAGACCACUAAGAAUGGCGACUUUCGCAUUCCCGUAGCUGACUAUGAAGGGGUUGAUGUGGCUAACUUGGCAACCUCCAAAGAGAAUGAAGGAUUUCGCUCCAGUGUUGCAACAGAUCUGGACAAGGCUUGAAACCAACCCAAACGUCACAGUAAAUAACGUGUUGUAAUUUUCCACCCGCAGAAGUCUUUUAGCUUUCCUGAUAAUCCCAAUAGAAAAUUCAGUCACCGUAACGUCCAUAUUACGGCUUCCUUACUGUAUAGCACAUACUAGUGCUAUGUUGUGCUUUCCCUUGGAACUAGUGAACUGCCCGUAACAUAGAGAUUGUCCUUAAAGGAGCUCAGUCGCGGUAGUUUGAGUUAUUUUGGCCACAUAAAAAAUUGCCUUUAAAUGGUAGGA